CUUCCACUACAAGGAUCUCCCAGUUCUUUCCAAUCUGGACCACCCGCCCUUCCACUUCAAGGAUCUCCCAGUUCUUUCCAAUCUGGACCACAAGAAUCACUCCAAGUGGGACCACUGGCAGAGAAACAACAAGGCCCACCUGGGAUCCAACAAACUGAGCUUGCCAUUGGGCAAAGACCACUCGACGAUGCUAUAUAUGGUCACCCUACAGCUCAUCCUCCCCACCUCUCUAUUAAUAGGCUAUCAUUGAGGGAUGGUAUCGGACUCGGAAAUGUUCCAAUGUUCACAGUUUCGCCUACUAGAGCUCCAACCAAGCCCCCAGUCAUAGAUGACAUCAUGGCACCAAAGGAACUUGAGAAACACGAAGCGCGUAGAGAAUACAACUACGAACCUAAAUUGAAAGAAACAAUGAAAGGACGACUUGUACAAGGAGGGUUCAAAGUAGGAGAUCAUGGCAUGGAUGUAAAUGACUGCCUCCAGGAUUGCAAAGAAGAUUCACAAUGUAUAGCUGUCGAUUUUAACACCAGGGCCAUGACAUGUUGGUUCCAUUAUGAUGUUGAGAUUUGUGACAUGUCCACAGUAGCAAGUGCAACAACCAACCACUAUAGAUUCGUUGAUUGCAAAAUUCCUGUGAACGAAGUCCUAAGUGGGACCCACAUUCCUGGUGGAGUAAUUGUAAACACUGGUGCAUCUAUAGCAGACUGUAUCAACCGCUGCUCGGGUGAAUGCACGGGGGUAGACUACAACUCCGUGGUUGGCACUUGUUACGUCCAUACUAUGGCUACAGAAUGUAACCCUGUACUCCGAAAACCCUCGUGCACACAUUACAGGAAGCUAGCCAAUUGUGAUCAGCAAAUAAUAAAGACUCUUCGUGGGUCUCAUAUACCUGGUGGGGUUAAAAUAACAUCUGGUUUGUCGAAUGUGGAAUGUAUCAAUCGAUGUGAUGGUGACUGUACUGGUGUGGACUUUAAUUCCGUGGAUGGGGCCUGCUAUUAUCAUACAGAAAAGACAGAAUGCAACCAAGUCCAGAGAAAACCAAGCUGCACUCAUUACAGAAGAAGAUCGUGUGAUGACAUUGACAGAAUGAACCAAGGGCGUGAACAACCAGAUAUCGAGAGAGUAGAAAAGAAACCAGAGGUUCCAGACAUGACAACUGAUAUCAAAGAACCUCCCACACCAUCCCUUGACCCUAACGCAUGUGGGACGCGCAUGAUGCAUCUACACAGAGAAAUGCCCAAAGUAUCAAAAGAGGCAGAGCCGAACACGUGGCCAUGGCAGGUGCGUCUGAAGCUAAAAGGGAAACACCAGUGCUCGGGUACCCUUAUCGACCAACAAUGGGUCGUAACAUCGGGAAGCUGUGUUAAAAGAUCCCCGAAUGGUUGGGGAUGGGACGUUGUUCUGGCAGAUCAUAGGAUUGGUCAUCAUGAUGGUAUAGAGGGCGAUAUAGCUGUGACCCAUAUUGUUCUACACCCAGACUUCAAGGAAAGCUACCCCGUAGAGAAUGACUUAGCCCUUGUUAGACUGUAUCGGCCAGUCAGGUUCAGCAGAUAUGUGAAGCCAAUAUGCAUGCCUUUAUCCAGACAUCCCAACUUCUUUACAAUUGGAGGUAGAUACACCACUCUGGGAUGGAGAAAAGAUUUGCCAGGAACUGGUCUUAUGCAAGUAGGCGUUGAUACAUCAGAAAGAACUAGGUGCUUGUACAUGAACAAGUUCCGACAUAUGACUAAAAAUCAAUUCUGUGCUGGAACAUCGUCCUCCAAUAAAAUGGCUUGUGUGGAUGAAACGGGUGCUCCUCUCCUCUACAAGAGAGAUGGUCGAUGGUUCCUUGGUGGAGUUCUGAGUUGGCAUCUGGGAUGUACCGAUCCCUUUAGACCUGCGGUGUACACGGAUCUACAGACAUACCACAGAUGGAUUCAGCGAACCGUGCUACUUCCAACGAAUAAAAUCCCAGUUGUGCCACGCGAAAUAACCGUCUCUCGUACUCCUCCUACAACAACAGCAUCAACAACAAUCACGACUGCUGUACCUACCACAACUACAACAACUCGCGCUGCUACUUCAGGUACCACAUCUUUACCAACAACCGAAGACGACACUACGGCUCCUACUCAAGCUCCAUCCACGAGUACAACUGUGGCCCAAACUACCAAAACAACAAAUCGCCCAACCACCAGUACAACGAGUGCAACUGUGGCACCAACUACGGAAAGAACAACUCGCCCAACAACCCGUAUACCAGCAACCACUACAACGAGUGCACCAACAACCACUACAACUCGUGCACCAACAGCAACCACCACAACUCGUGUACCAACAACAACCACCACUACUCGUGCACCAACAACAGCCACGACAACUCGGGCACCAACAACCACAACUCGUGCACCUACCACAACCACCACUACUCGUGCACCAACAACAGCCAC